UCUGUUCACUGCAAGGCGCCAUGUCAUCUUCUCCUACUCACCUCUCGUUUCUAGCCGGACGUUUAUCGCCGCCGUUCUCCUCCGAGCGGGUCGGACUACGGCCUCAAAGAGUAGAGUUUCGUAUCCCAAAGUCCCGGUUCAGUUGCUCAGCGGGACAGAGCGGCUUCUUCUCUCGUCUUGGUAGGUUGAUCAAGGAGAAGGCAAAAAGCGACGUGGAGAAGGUUUUCUCCGGAUUCUCCAAGACUAGGGAGAAUCUAGCAGUCAUAGACGAGCUCCUCCUCUUCUGGAACCUCGCUGAAACUGACCGAGUGCUCGAUGAAUUGGAAGAGGCGUUGUUGGUUUCUGACUUUGGACCGAAGAUCACUGUUAGGAUUGUUGAGAGGCUCAGAGAUGAUAUAAUGUCAGGGAAGCUCAAGUCAGGAACCGAGAUUAAGGAUGCUUUGAAGGGAAGUGUGUUGGAGAUGCUAGCUAAGAAAAACAGCAAGACAGAGCUUCAACUGGGUUUCAGGAAACCAGCUGUUGUAAUGAUCGUUGGAGUGAAUGGAGGUGGGAAGACUACAUCUCUUGGGAAAUUGGCUCAUAGAUUGAAGAAUGAAGGGACUAAGGUAUUAAUGGCAGCAGGUGAUACAUUUAGAGCAGCUGCAAGUGACCAGUUAGAGAUAUGGGCUGAGAGGACUGGGUGUGACAUUGUUGUUGCUGAAGGAGAGGAGAAAGCUAAAGCUGCAACAGUUCUCACAAAGGCUGUGAAAAGAGGGAAGGAGGAAGGUUAUGAUAUCGUACUAUGUGAUACAUCUGGACGUCUUCAUACUAAUUUCAGCUUGAUGGAGGAGUUAAUUGCGUGCAAAAAAGCAGUGGGAAAGGUUGUCUCUGGUGCACCCAAUGAGAUCCUACUUGUCCUUGAUGGAAACACCGGUCUGAACAUGCUUCCACAAGCAAGAGAAUUCAACGAGAUUGUUGGCAUAACCGGUUUGAUAUUGACGAAGCUGGAUGGCUCUGCUAGAGGAGGCUGUGUGGUCAGUGUGGUUGAGGAAUUGGGGAUUCCUGUAAAGUUUAUAGGUGUAGGAGAAGCUGUAGAAGAUCUCCAACCAUUUGAUGCUGAGGCCUUUGUUAACGCUAUAUUCUCCUGAGGCUUUAAACCUAGUUUUUUUCCAGCAGGCAGCCAAGAGACACCUCGUCGGCCAUGAAAAUAGAGCCAUUCCUUCGAAAUUCUUGGCGAUCUUAUGUGGUCAAGCUUCAACAAUUGUUGCCAGUUUUGUUUUUUUUUAACGAUGUGAUGGAUGCUCGUUGGUGCAUGAGAGUGAUCACUUGCACAAGAACAUAACAGAGUCAGAGAAAUUGCUUGUGUCACACUACUA